AUGGAUGCUAUUCCAGAGGACUUGAUGAUGGCGCCAAAGUGGGCGCAGGGCUUGGGAACUCAACUUGGAAGCACCGCGCCUGUGCCUCCGCAGCCUGAGGCUUUGGAAACAAGCAAGCAGCCUCAGGUAUUGGAAGAGAAUAACCAGCCAGAGGUAUAUGGAGGCCAUGAAGGUAACAGAGAUCAGCAAGCUGAAUUUUCAAGGCGCUAG